AUGGCUCUCAACAAGAGCGGUUCCAUCGGCGGCAACGGAGCCGUUGCCGAGUCGAGUGCGCCGCACAAGCUAGAUGCCUCCAAUGCCAUCCCUUCGAACUGGACCGACGCUUCUUCGAGGCUUUCAAGCCCCCUAUCGAAUCUAGACAGCCCGCUAUCAGAUGGCUCGCGGCCGGCGUCUCCUGACCUGUCUGCCAACCCUCUCGAAUCCCUUGAAACCGCUGACGAUGCGCCCGGCCCCGAGCCAACGGACCUCCCCAGCCUGGAGGAGCCAGCACCGGCUGAGCGACCGUCGAUCGACGUCCACCCAUCCACAGAGCAUGGCGAACCCGAAGAACCUGCGCCCGAUGCUACCGACGAUGGGAAUCGCAGAGGAGGCCGAGGCAAGCGGAAAAGAGCGACGACGCAAUCGGGUCCUAAGGCUUCAAACCCCCGGAAGAGGAAAGCCGUGAAAUCUAACGACGCUCCCCACCCCGCAGUCAAAGACGCGGGAGAGCCAUCAGUGUCCGGCCCAAACUCGGACAACAAGCAAUACCCGGUUCACAAGAUCCUAAACUUCCGGCGCGAGGGCGAUGACGUCGAACUGCUAGUUCAAUGGGGAGGCAAAUGGCUACACGACGAACCCACAUGGGAACCCGAGGAAGAGCUGUGGCACAGCUGCCGGAAGGUCGUCUCCAAGUUUUGGAGCCCGAGCGGGUGGAACAGGAGAAACCGCGUGCUGGGGUUGGACCCCGUCACAGGGCCGUUUAUCGUCAGCAGGAUCCUCGGCGAGAGAAAGAUGAACAAGGUCCGAGGUAGGGAACAGGGAGGCGUUGCAUAUUUGGUGGAAUUCGUGGGGUACGACAAGGCUGAGUGGACGCCGGAAAACUGCCUCCCCAGCGAUGCUAUCAAGGAAUGGAAGGCCGAGGGCAGGAAGGGGAAAAGGUAG